AUGGUGAAGCCUGUGCAGGACGAGGAGAACCAGAGGCUGCUCCUCGACGACCACAAGGAGAAGCACUUCACCUCCGGCGAGGUGGUCCGGGACAUCAUCAUCGGCGUCUCUGACGGCCUCACCGUGCCCUUCGCCCUAGCCGCCGGCCUGUCGGGCGCCAACGCGUCCUCCUCGCUCGUGCUCACCGCCGGGCUCGCCGAGGUCGCCGCCGGCGCCAUCUCCAUGGGGCUCGGAGGCCUACGGCUAAUGUGCGCUCGCACUCUUGUCAGGUACCUCGCCGCUAAGAGCGACGCCGACCACUACUACCGGGAGCUGCAGCGCGAGCAGGACGAGAUCGACACCGUCCCGGACACAGAGGCCGCGGAGAUCGCGGACAUACUCUCUGAGUACGGGCUGGGCCCCGAGGAGUACGGGCCGGUCGUCACCUCCCUCCGCAACAACCCAAAGGCCUGGCUCGAGUUCAUGAUGAAGUUCGAGCUGGGGCUGGAGAAGCCGGACCCGCGGCGCGCGCUGACGAGCGCGGCGACGAUCGCGCUGGCCUACGUCGUCGGCGGCAUGGUGCCGCUCUCCCCCUACAUGUUCCUGGCGUCGGUCGACAGCGCCAUGAUGACCUCCGUCGUGGUCACCCUCGCCGCGCUGCUCUUCUUCGGCUACGUCAAGGGCCGCUUCACCGGGAACCGCCCGUUCCUCAGCGCCAUCCAGACUGCCAUCAUCGGCGCGCUUGCCUCCUCCGCCGCCUACGGCAUGGCCAAGGCCGUGCAGGCCAUCUGA